UCUUCAAUUGAAUUAGGCAUUAUUAGCAGUAGAAAAAACAAUUGACAAAAUAGCUUUUCAAUCUUUUGGAUUUUCCUAGAUUCCUAGACCAUGGUCCAUAAGAUAUCUAGUACAACUUUAUAACUUCUUUGAAACGGGUACUAGAAUCCAAAACGUCCGUAGUAUAAGCAUGAAUUAUAGGAACAGUUGGAGAAGAAUUACUAGCCCUACAAACAAGUCGUAGCCCAUUUGCAAAUUGAAAACCUAGUCAUGUAUAGUUUAUUUACAUGCUCUCUUUCCCUUUGCUGCUAAGAGAAAACAUGUCAACCCCAAAUCCAGUAGUGUGGAGCAGAGAGGAAGAGAGAGCCUUUGAGAAUGCCAUUGCCGUGCUGCAUUCUAUCGAUGACUCGAAAGAGCAAUGGUAAAAAAUUGCUUCAAUGGUUCCAAAUAAAACCAUUGACGAGCUGAAGCAACAUUACCAAUUGUUAGUGGAUGAUGUUACAGCCAUUGAAUAUGGCUAUGUUCCAAUCCCAAAUUAUACUGUAGAGGAAAAUAGCUAUGGCUAUUCUAGAGUUUCGAGGGAUGAUUGGCAGUCCAAUGGGAAUGAGUUUGCAGAGACAGCCCAAUGCCCAGAGAGAAGAAAAGGGACACCAUGGACUAAAGAAGAGCACAGGUUAUUUUUGCUUGGCUUAGAGACGUAUGGGAAAGGCGAUUGGAGAAGCAUUUCAAGGAACAUUGUGAUAUCAAGGACGCCAUCUCAAGUGGCCACUCAUGCUCAAAAGUACUUUAACCGUUUGAAGAAAAACCAGCAUCCAUGACAUUAUUUAGCUAGUCUAGAUUUUGUUACAAUUUGAAGGAGAGUUUUGGAGUAACUGGUAAAGUUGCUGCCAUGUGACUAGAAGGUUACGGGUUCAAGCCUUGGAAACAGCCUCUAGCAUAAAUGCAAGGUAAGGCUGCGUACGAUACACCCUUGUGGUGGGGCCCUUCCACGGUAGCUUUAGUGCACCGGACUGCACUUUUUUUUUUUUUUUUUGUAAAAGAUUUUGUUACAAUUUAUGAUUGGAUUUUAUCUUCUUUAUUUAGUACUGUAAUAUCAGAAAUUUAAUGUUUUUGUAGCAUAAAAUUGAAGACCAUAUAACUUAGAAGGUAUUCAAACUUAGGCUUGACAGGCUUCCUAUUACUUUUAGCUCAUAUUUAACAUGCUAUCAAUCUAAACAAUCAAAAUUUUGCUUGCCUCAAGCAUGUUUAGGACCCACUUAUUUCUAUCCAAAGUAGAUGGGUU